AUGCUCGACUUCUUGCGACUCCCUAUGGAUCUCGCGGAAAAAGAGACAUUUCGGGAGCAAAUGAAAACCGUGAUCAAGUCCCUGUCACAGCUAUUCGAGCAGAAGAUCUACGAAUUGAGAGGUCAAGAAUUCACAUGGGAGCCUCUUCCUUCUGAUGUCUCCCUGAUGAUUGGUGAGAAGUGGAAAGUGGCGUGGCUCAGCUCAGUUGCGGACAUCAGCAAGACUUGGAAAAAUUUGGAUCCGAAGAGUCGACGAGCUGGUUCAAUCAUUCGACGAGGAAGUGAUCUAAUGAUCGAUUCAUUCAUUGAUAUGGACAGGCUUGGAAUCAUCAGUCCUGGAUGUCUGUCUCAUUUUUUGAACAAGGUCGAUAGAGGAAAUUUAAUAGCGACCCACGUCAUUAGCAGAUAUUCGUUUAAAUUUCCUAAUAUUUACGAUGUCUAUCUGAACUUGAACACGAAACUAAGCCUUACAGAGUGCCCCUCCACGAAGAAAAUGACCGGGCUUAUGCGAGAGUUGGAACCUGGGUCUUGGGAGCGCAUUGAAUUCUACUGUCUGAGGAAUUGGCUGAUACAGUACCAGUCGAUCUACCCGAAAGAAGGGCGGUUUGCAGCCAUCAAGGAUCGGUUCUUGGAGGUAGCAUCACCGGACAACGAAUUUCCUGUCACCAAAUUGCAAGCUUUCCUGGGAGCCCUGUUCACUCAUAUCUCUUCACAAUCUAGGAUCCGAGAAAAUGAGAAAGCAAAAAAACUGACUGAAUUCAAGUUUCUAUACGACAUGAUGUCUUUCAUCAUGUCUUAUCGUUCAUCAAGCAUCUCGGCCGAGUUCAUGGGAGGUAUGCAACGCUCGUGGCUCUUAGACCAGAUCCGUGCUUUUGAAGAGUCGGUUGGCUUAAUAUCAAGUAUCAUGUACUCAGUUCAUGUGCGGAGAAAAGCAACACUACUUACCAUCCCCACAAGACGCCCUGUAUUAAGGAAAAUGCUAGCGAAGAUGACAGAUAAAUUGGUCGAUUCAAGCAGCAAUAGACGGAUCUCAAGCUUUUCCGAUUUUGCCGAUGGCGAUCUAAGUUCUGGGAGUUAUGAGCAACAAGCAAAAAACAACGCGUGGGACCUUGAGUCAAAAACCAAGCCUCCUGCAUUAAUCCAAGCGCUGUCCACUGAUCCCAUCGAAAUCAGAGAUUCAAUCGAAAAAAUCAAUCAUCAGUUCAGAAAUUAUCGGAUUCAAUUGGAGGCAUUGAAGCAAAGACACGCGUUCAUUCACCCUACCUUUUGUGCCUUUGUCGGCGAUUUUUCUCCAUUGAGUGUCUAUUUACUCCGCGUGUAUGAGCUUGAAGUAGAGCGUACCAUUUUGCACAACACACGACAUCGAUGA